UGGAGAGCUGACGCUCCGCGAAGCCAGCACAUGUGCGGAUGGGGCCAAUGUCGUCCUUCCGAACAAUGGCGGAUCACUGCUCAGCCUUCUUCUACGGCUGGCUAGAGGGGCUGGAAGGGUGAUGCACUUUGCAGUGAAGGGUGUGAGGGAUGCUGUGAAAGGUGCUGAGCUCAGAACAUUCGGCUAAUCACCAUAGCUUCAAUGGAACUUUUGAACCAAUGGUGUUGAGCUCAUGAUUCUUAGAUACAAUUUCCAGUCUUUCUAAAUGACAAGCUGACACUGAUUCACAACCAACAAGACUUUCAGCUUUCAUCAUUCUUUGCAUCAGCGGCUGGCAUUGGAAAUCGGUCUGAGCAGUUUGAUCCAGUAGCAGGAAUUGGUCCAUGGUGGCAUGACCUUGUACACUAGAAUAGCCUCAUUCUGCAGCUGGCAGCAAUGAGCUAGAGCAUAGCAGCCUCUGAUAUUAAGCCCUCAGUCAAUUGUCUAUGGAGGGAGGUUUGGGAGUCAGGAAUUGAACAAGAUUUGAGGGCAACUCCUACGUCCCACGAGAUGGUCAAAAGUUUUUUGAUAGCCUUCACAUAGAGCUCAUUACAUUUUUGUACAAAAAUUGUAUCCCUCCCAUUGCAAGCUGAUUUGUACAUCUUUCGAUUUUUUGCAAAGGCACGCGGCACGCAUAUAAUUCAAAGACAUUUUUCGAGCGAUUGAACAACCUAACACACAGUCAAGAUGGCAGCUGUCACAUCAAAGAACCUCGCAACCUGCAAGCUAUGUGGCAGUACAGUGCACUCCUACUCCCGCCCACCACCGCAUCAGUCAGCUUCUUUCUUAGCACGCUCCUUCCACGCCGUUCCUCUUCGCAAGUCAAAACCAGCGGUAGCGUCAAUAUCAGUGGGCCGGGCCUCAGUGUUCAGUUGUGACACCGGAAAGUCUUCCAGGGCUCAAAUAUCUGGACAGAGGGAGCUUUGGGAAGAGGGGUUCCUCCGGGGAAGGGCAAUGAGAGAUCAGCAGGGGUUGGAGGGGCGGAGUUUUUCCAGGGGGAGGGGCUCCAAGAGUGGCCCAAGGGCAUUUGCAAAGAGGGAAGGGAACGUCUCUGAAGAGGCGAGAAAAGAGGCGCUGCCAAGAGUGUGGCGCGCCGACAAUGAGUGGCUGGCUAAGCACGGCAUCCCCACCAUUGAGAUUGACGAACCUGGGGGCAUCCCUCGUUUACACCUCAACUCCAAGCUGGAGAUGCCCCUGGUGAAAUUGCCCCCCAGUCUAGAGUGGCUAGACCUCUACGGCGAGUCUCAGAUUAACCUCCGGAAAAAGCUGGCGGUUAGCCUUGACCCGUUUGGGGAGCCGCAGGUCAAGCUGAGGGAAAGGCUGGCCGAGAGCCUUGACCCGUUUGGAGAACCGCAGGUUAAGCUGCGGGAGAAGCUGAAGGUGAACCUUGACCCGUUCGGGGAACCGCAGGUUAAGCUCCGAGAGAAGAUUGCGGUUAACCUCGACCCGUUUGGAGAACCCCAGGUUAAGCUCAGAGAACAGCUGGCGGCAACGCUGAAGCCCCCUCUUUCGAAACCUCCGGGGGGGCACAAACCCCUCAUCUUUAACCCCCCUGGCACGGUGGAAAUCCCCAAGGAGCCAGCGGAGGUUAAGAAGGGGCAGAAGCGGAACCCGUUUUUGGAGGGGAACUUUGCCCCGGUGGAAGAGGAGUGCCCGGACGAGAUUCCGUGCCACGUCAUUGGAAACCUGCCAGGGGACCUAAGGGGGCAAUUCCUGCGCAAUGGGCCGAACCCGCGGUUCCCACAGGAUGCAGGCGCGUACCACUGGUUUGACGGCGACGGAAUGGUGCACAGCCUCAAGUUCCAGGGCCUGGACCGUCCGCCAGUGUACUCGUCCAAGUACAUCCGGACGGCCGGGUUCAAAGAGGAGUCGCGACAGGGGCAGGGGAAGUUCUGGCCGGGAGUCAAGAUGCAACCGUUGAGGCGCUGCUUGGUGACCGCGGCCGUUCGGUCGAUGCGGAGGAGGGAGGAAGAACGGGACGUCCCCGGCCUGCUGGCGGUGAAGAACACUGCAAACACGGGUCUGAUACGGCAUGCGGGGAAGCUGUUCGCGAUGUGGGAGGGGGGGCAUCCGUACGUGGUAGACGAGGCUCUUGAAACAAAAGGCCCCACCACCUUCGACGGCCGGCUGGUGUCAUCUUUUUCCGCACACCCGAAGCUGGACCCGCAGACCGGGGAGCUGAUCUACUUCGGCUACAGCCUCGUCGCGCGGCCGUACCUGUCUUACGGAGUCAUCAGCAAGGAGGGCGAGAUCGUGCAUCAAGCAGACAUUGACCUGCCUAACCCUGUCAUGAUGCACGACUUUGCCAUCACGGAGCAUUACUCCCUCUUCCUGGACUUCCCGUUCGUGUUCAACCCGCGGCGCUUGAUGGAGGUGGCCAACGGCAAGCGGCAGAAGCCCUUCGUCUUCGAUGGGGUAAGGGCACCCGUUUCCUAA